AUCAAGAUUCUAAACUGGAUAUUCCUUCGAUACAUAUUUGCACAUAAAAACCAUUAAACCCCGUUAGAAGUAAAGAGUCGUAAACUCAACGUGUCUCUCUUUCUUUCUCUCUCUCUCUGUCUCCUUCCUUUCUCUCUGUUUCCCUCUUGAAACAAAAUAAGAUGGACUCGGUGGCGCUCUACUGCACCGCCGCUCUCGUCGCCGGAGGCAUCUACUGGUUCGUCUGCGUCUUAGGUCCGGCAGAGAGAAAAGGCAAACGAGCCUUAGAUCUCUCCGGCGGCUCAAUCUCCGCCGAGAACGUCAAAGACAACUACAACCAAUACUGGUCCUUCUUCCGCAAACCAAAAGAGAUCGAAACCGCCGAGAAAGUCCCCGACUUCGUCGACACUUUCUACAACCUCGUCACCGACAUCUACGAGUGGGGAUGGGGACAAUCUUUCCACUUCUCUCCUUCUCUCCCCGGAAAAUCCCACAAAGACCAAACUCGGAUCCACGAAGAGAUGGCCGUCGAUCUACUCAAAGUCAAACCGGGACAGAAGAUCCUCGACGCAGGGUGUGGAGUCGGUGGGCCCAUGAGAGCCAUCGCGGCCCAUUCGAAGGCCCAUGUUACCGGAAUCACAAUCAACGACUACCAAGUGAAACGAGCCAAGCUCCACAACAAGAAAGCAGGUUUAGACUCUCUAUGCGACGUCGUUUGCGGUAACUUUUUACAGAUGCCGUUCGAUGAGAACACGUUCGACGGUGCUUACUCGAUCGAAGCCACGUGUCACGCUCCCAAGCUAGAAGAAGUCUACGCAGAGAUCUUUCGAGUGAUUAAACCGGGAUCGAUGUACGUUUCUUACGAAUGGGUCACCACUGAUAAAUACAGAGACGAAGACGAAGAACACGUGGAGGUUAUUCAAGGGAUCGAGAGAGGAGAUGCUCUUCCGGGUCUAAGAAGAUAUUCUGAUAUCGCUGAGACGGCGAGGAAAGUCGGGUUUGAGAUUGUGCAAGAGAAAGAUUUGGCUAAACCGCCGGCUAAACCGUGGUGGAGUCGGCUUAAGAUGGGUCGUCUUGCUUAUUGGAGGAAUCAUGUUGUGGUUGUGAUUCUCUCUGCUAUUGGGAUCGCUCCUAAAGGAACCGUUGAUGUUCAUGAGAUGUUGUUUAAGACUGCUGAUUAUUUGACUAGAGGAGGUGAGACUGGAAUCUUUACGCCGAUGCAUAUGAUUCUCUGUAGAAAACCAGAGAAAGCUUCUGAAUGAUGAGAAUCUUCUUCUUCUUCCUUAUUUUUUUGUUGUGUUUUUGGCUUCUUCUUUCAGUUUCCUGUUUGGCCCUUGACGAAUCAUUUGUCGUGUCGAUUUAAUAUCACUUUCUUGUUCAGUGUACUCUUAUUUUUUGGUGUUAAGUGAUGAAUGGAUAAAUCCCUUCCGAUU